GCUGCAGCCAAACCCUACCGCUGGAUGACGAUGGGAAGGAGGAUCUGAUCCAGCUAGUUAGUGACAAAGAUGCUGCAAAGUUUCUCCGGGCAGAAUUCUUGAAAAGCUGCGAGCGUUUGCUAUGACACCCGAAGCAGAACUUAGCUGGAUCCACUAGAAGCCUCAGCCAUGUACUCUGAGUGGAGGUCUUUACACCUGGUGGUCCAGAGCGAUCCAGGCCACCUGAGCGUGCUGCACUCCUACCCACCUACAGUUGGCCGUGAAGUGGCCAAUGCAGUGGUACGCCCCUUAGGGGGCAGCCUUGGAGCUACGUCCCCUGAGUGCCUCCUCAAGACUGAUAAAGAGGUGAAAUGGACUAUGGAAGUACUGUGUUAUGGGCUGACUCUUCCUCUGGAUGGAGAUACAGUUAAGUUGUGUGUGGAUGUCUAUACUGACUGGAUCAUGGCACUGGUGUCACCACGAGACUCCAUACCCCAACCCAUCAUCAAAGAGCCCAACCUUUAUGUACAAACUAUCCUCAAACAUCUUCACAACCUCUUCCUACCAAGGCCUGAACAGUUCAGCCCAAUGCACUUCAGGUUGUGUCAGCAGGUGUUGUCCGCAGUGCAGAAGCUGGCCCGAGAUUCUUCCAGCAUGGCUAGAGAAACCUGGGAGGUGCUGCUUCUUUUCCUGCUCCGCAUCAAUGACACAUUACUUGCCCCACCUACUGUAGGAGGUGGGAUAGCUGAGAAGCUAGCAGAGAAGCUUAUCAGUGUACUGUUUGAGGUCUGGUUUCUGGCCUGCACGCGUUGUUUCCCCACCCCCCCAUACUGGAAGACUGCCAGGGAGAUGCUGGCUAACUGGAGACACCACCCACCAGUGGUGGAACAGUGGAGCAAAGUUAUCGCCGCUCUCACCUCCAGGCUACUGAGGUUCACAUAUGGACCAUCCUUCCCUCCUUUCAAAGUGCCAGAUGAGGAUGCUAGUCUCAUUCCUGCAGAGAUGGACAAUGACUGUGUGGCGCAGACCUGGUACCGUUUUUUACACAUGCUCAGUAACCCAGUGGAUCUGAGUAACCCUGUCAUCGUAAGCUCAACUCCUAAGUUUCAAGAGCAGUUGCUUGGGGUGAGCAGUGUGCCUCAGGAGGUGAUCCAGCACCCCUGCCUCAAACAGCUGCCUCAGAUCUUCUUCAGGGCCAUGAGGGGCAUCAGCUGUUUGGUGGAUGCUUUCCUAGGUAUAUCCAGACCUCGGUCAGACAGUGCCCCACCCACUCCUGUUAAUAGACUUAGCAUGCCACCGCCCACUACGACCACCAACACGACACCCCCUCAUAGCCGCAGGCACAGACCCACAGCAGUAACCAAGACUACCAGCAAAACCACAACGACUGGCCAGUCCAAAGUGUCGCAUCAGCCUUCCUCCACCUCUCCCCUUUCCAGUCCAAACCAGACGAGCUCAGAGCCUCGACCUCUGCCUGCUCCUACCAGGCCAAAAGUCAACAGUGUCUUGAACCUGUUUGGUCAGUGGCUGUUUGAUGCUGCACUUGUCCACUGCAAACUUCAUUCUGGCCUCAGCAGAGAAAGUAGUAUGACUGCAACAUUUUUCCAAAUUCUUCUUUCUUAUAAAUCUUCCCUUGCAACUCAGGCUGGAGUUGAAUUGAGGAGAAAAGGCUCUCAGCUGUCUACUGACACCAUGGUGUCAAACCCCAUGUUUGAUGCCAAUGAGUUUCCAGACAAUUAUGAGUCUGGUCGAGCGGAGGCCUGUGGAACACUUUGCAGAAUCUUCUGCAGCAAAAAAACAGGAGAGGAAAUUCUACCUGUUUACCUGUCCAGGUUCUACAUGGUCCUCAUCCAAGGCCUUCAGAUUUCUGACUUCAUCUGCAGGCCAGUUUUGGCCAGUAUUAUUUUGAACUCCUCAGCUCUGUUUUGCUCUGAUCUGAAAGGGAUCAAUGUAGUGGUUCCAUACUUUAUAUCUGCACUGGAAAUUAUUCUACCUGAUCGUGAAUUGACCAAAUUUAAGUCAUAUGUGAACCCCACUGAACUUAGAAGAGCUUCCAUCAACAUUCUGCUGUCCAUGCUGCCUCUCCCACACCAUUUUGGCAAUGUCAAAUCGGAGGUUCUUUUGGAGGGUAAAUUCAGCAAUGAUGACAACUCACUUCAUGACAAAGCGGUAACCUUCCUCUCGCUGAAGCUGCGAUUGGUGAAUAUCUUGAUUGGUGCCCUGCAAACAGAGACAGAUCCCAUCAAUACACAGAUGAUAUUAGCUGCAAUGCUGAAUAUUGUUCAGGAUUCAGCACUUUUGGAAUCUAUAGGUGCCCAAGCUGAAGUAGGAAGUGUGGAUGGAAGUCAUUCUUUGGCUAAGAGCCAUAGUCGCAAUAACAGUGGAAUCAGUAAUGCCAGUGCAGGCAGCUCAGAGGCCACAACUCCUGACAGCGAGAGACCCGCCCAGGCAUUGCUGCGAGACUACGCUCUCCACACAGACACGGCGGCUGGCCUGCUGAUCCGCAGCAUACAUCUGGUCACCCAAAGACUAAACUCACAGUGGAGACCUGACAUGAGCAUCUCGCUCGCCGCUCUCGAGCUUCUCGCCGGCCUUGCCAAGGUGAAGGCGAGUGUGGAGUCAUCGGAUCGUAAGCGGGCUGUCAGUUCAGUUUGUGGCUAUAUUGUGUACCAGUGCAGUAGACCUGCUCCCCUCCACUCUAGAGACCUGCACUCUAUGAUCGUAGCUGCAUUCCAGUGCCUCUGUGUGUGGCUCACAGAACAUCCUGACAUGCUCAAUGAGAAGGAUUGCCUAAUAGAGGUGCUAGAAAUUGUGGAACUUGGCAUCUCGGGCAGCAAGUCAAAGACAGGUGAACAGGAAGUGAGGUAUAAAGGUGACAAAGAGCAUAACCCUGCCUCCAUGAGGGUCAAAGACGCGGCCGAAGCCACAUUGUCGUGUAUAAUGCAGGUGGUGGGGGCUUUCCCAUCCCCAAGCGGCCCUGCCUCCCCCUGCAGCCUGCUAAAUGAGGACACGCUAAUUAAAUACUCCAGGCUGACGUCCACCUCUCACAGUAACUUUAGAUACUAUGUCCUCGACAAUUCAGUCAUUCUGGCCAUGCUGGAGCAGCCCCUCGGCAAUGAGCAGAACCCCUGUCCAUCUGUCACAAUGCUCAUCCGAGGCAUGUGUGGUCGUCAUGCCUGGACCAUGCAACUGUUCCAUCAGCCUCGAGGGGCCAGGGCCAAUCAGAAGCAGGUGUUUGUUCCAGAGGGUCGGCCAACUCCCAAAAAUGACGUGGGGAUUCGGUUUAAUGUUAAGCACAGACCGUUCCCAGAAGAGGUGGACAAGAUUCCGUUUGUGAAAGCUGACCUAAGCAUUCCAGACCUGCAUGAUAUAGUGGAUAAGGAGCUGGAGCUGCAGCAUGAUAAGCUGCGUGGUGUGAUGGUGAAGCAGAUGGAGUAUGAGACCGCUUUGGAGCACUAUACUGAGGAUCUGUGGAGGAAUAAACCCUUCCCUGAUCCACUGACCGACUGUAAACCUCCUCCUCCAGCACAGGAGUUCCAAACUGCUCGCCUCUUUCUUUCACACUUUGGCUUCCUGUCGCUAGAGGCCCUCAAGGAACCAGGUAAUAGCCGUUUGCCUCCUCACCUCAUUGCUCUAGACUCAACUAUGUCAGGCUUCUUUGAUGACAUCGGCUACCUAGACUUGUUGCCAUGCCGUCCCUGUGACACAGUUUUUAUCUUCUACAUGAAGGCAGGACAGAAGAGCAGCCAAGAGAUCUUGAGAAAUGUAGAGUCUUCUGCGAAUGUGCAGCCACAUUUUGUGGAGCUUCUCUUGUCUCUGGGCUGGCCAGUUGAAGUAGGACAACACCCAGGCUGGACUGGGAGUGUGUAUACUAGCUGGACCAUCAACACAUCCAAUGGCACUGAUACACCAGAUGAGUGUGUGGCUGUGGGAGACACUGGAGUUGGGAUUUUUAAUGGAGAGAAAAGGGUUCUCUACUAUGCUGAUGCCCUCACUGAAAUAGCUUUUGUGGUGCCCUCACUCAGUGACUCCUCUGCGGAGUCAUCAGAGAACAGUUUCCCCACAGCAGACUCUGAUUCUCAGAUGGAGCUGCUGCCAAGCCUGCUGAAACAACCCAACCUCACAUUGGAGCUCUUCCCCAACCACUCGGACAACAUGGGCCCUACACAACGGUCUCCCACAGUGAAGAGUAAGAAGCUGCCAUCAGGCAGAAGUAUACCUCCUCUGGGUCCAGAGACUAAAGUACUGGUAGUCUGGGUGGAGCGAUAUGAUGACAUUGAAAACUUCCCUGUGUCUGAGUUGUUGGCAGAGACCAGCACAGGAGUGGAGAGUGCGGUCAACAGUAGUGCUUCCAGACCCAGCUCCUCAGAGAAGGAUGUCCCAGUCAUUUUCAUCCACCCACUGAAGACGGGUCUGUUCCGGAUCAAGCUGCAUGGAGCCAUGGGGAAGUUCAGCAUGGUCAUCCCACUAGUGGAUAACAUGGUGGUCAGCAGGCGAUCACUGGGCUUCCUAGUAAGACAGACGGUGAUAAAUGCUUGUCGGAGAAAGCGCCUGGAGAGCGAUUCGUACAGUCCUCCUCAUGUACGACGGAAACAGAAAAUAGCUGAAAUUGUUAACCGUUACCGGAACAAGCAGCUGGAACCUGAGUUCUACACAUCACUGUUUCAGGAGGUCGGAGAGACUAGCCUCAACCCUUAAACAUACACACAGAGGUUCUUCUCCAUGAUCGAUGGGGAACUGCUGUUUUUUUUUUUUUUUGUUUUUGUUUUUGCCAAAUGGCCAUAGUCUCUCAGCUGUCAAAGGCUACAGCCAUUGCCCCAUGACAGCUUCCUAGCUGAUCCAAACGCUGAUGCCAGAAUGGAUGCUUUUUCCGUUUUUCUCAUUACUGUAUUUCAUGUGCUUUUAUUUUUACGUCAUCCAAGACUGGAAAGGAGAAGGCAUUAGAUGCAAGAUGAGACAAUUUACUCUAAGAACACUAUCCAUAGUAAACACUAAUGUCAGUGUCAGCAGUGGAGUUUAGAUAGGUUGACUUUGGCUUUUCUCCUCCAGAUAUGUACACACACACGUCUGUGUUGAUGCAUAAUGUUAUUUUCUUUUCAAACUCAGGUGGUUUUACCAUUCUUCAUAUGCAUUGACAUGGUCAUGUAAUUCAGUGCACUCCAACAAGCUGACCUCAGCUUUAUCUCUCUCUCUCUCUCUCUCUCUCUCUCUCUCUCUCUCUCUCUCUCUCUCUCUCUCUCUCUCUCUCUCUCUCUCUCUCUCUCUCUCAAAUAUUGUCAUCCGUGGACUUUGACUUCACAGAAGUCCUUAUUAACGUUAAUACUCCAUUCAGAGAAUGUUUGGAUUUUUUCAUUUUAUGUAUUUAUCUAACGGUUGUGAAGAUGACUUUAAAGGUCCUCCAAAGUGGUUGAGAUUUUAAAGUCACUGACAAACUACUGAUCACUCCAGUACUUGUAGAGAUCCCAGACGUUUGGCGCUUACUAUCGUCCUCCUUCAACUCUAGAUUUGUGCAGUUAAACCUGUGGUGGGAUUCGCUUGUCACCCUCACCAGCUAGUGUCUUUUAGUUCAGCUUGACUGUGAUCCUUCCAAACACGAUUUCAAUUCAAACAGUCAUAAGGGCUUCGAUCCUUUAUUUCCUCUUGUUUUUCAUCCUAUUUUAUAAGUUAUCUGGUAAAUGUAGGUGCCACUAAUUUUUCUUCUUUUGUAAUUUCUGCUGGAUGUCAGAAACACUGGUCUUUUUAGACGUUAUUUUCAUUUUUCAUCCUUUUUUUUAGAAAUAUAUAUGAAAAAAAAAGAUUAUUUGAUCCACAGGAAAUCAUGUUUCAUCUCUCAUUUAAUGAGGGAUGCUUGGCAUGUCAUUUUGUCUCUGUCAUGUAUUUUUGACAUACAGCUUUUAAAACACAGGUCACUACAGAGAAUAGUCGAUUGAAAGGAAUGACUGUUAAAACAUUACUGUACCUGGUCCAUGAUGCUCAUUCAGGUUAACCUGCUUUUUUCAUUUUCUUUCAUUUCCCUCCAUUUAAAAAGAGAAAAUGCCUUUAGUCAGUAAAGGACAAGUCUUGUGUUGCUCUUAUGAGUCCCUUUCCUCACAAUUGGAAAGUUUGAUGUUGAGAGAACAUCAUAACCAGUUGACAAGUAUUCCUAAGAUAAUGAAUCACAUCUGUUUUUGUGUCUGUAGAAAAUCACAAAAUUCCCAGCUGAUGAAAAUGAAUAUAGAAUAUCAGAAUAUAAACGACUUCAGCAAACCGCUUCUCAAGACUUGGACCUUUAUUUGGUUGAUUAGAGAUGUGCUUUCUUCUUUAUUUUCUUCUGUAAAUAUUUAAGGCAUCGACUUUGUAUAAAGUUGGACUUUACUUGUAAAUAUGAGGGUGUGAAGUUUCGCUCACUCAUUCUAUUAGGAAAGGCACAAAAAAGAACGCUCGUUUGUAUUUAUGCCUAUCAUAUAUGUGUCCUAAAGAAACACAUUGGGUAUUGAAUGUAACACAUGUAAUGAAAUAAAGAUUUUAAUUAACUUCUUAUCAUAAA